AAUGAGAAUUGCUAUUUCCGUUCGACUAGAUCGAACGUCCAGCGGGCAACGAUCUCGUCUGUGUGAUCACCAAGAAUUUUAGGAGUGGGGGUACGACUCUUUCAAACACACCAAAAUGUCGAAGAGAGGGCGUGGUGGAUCAGCUGGAGCGAAAUUCAGGAUAUCCUUGGGUCUGCCUGUGGGAGCUGUCAUUAAUUGUGCUGACAACACUGGGGCCAAGAAUCUCUAUGUCAUUGCUGUUCAGGGUAUUAAGGGACGACUGAAUCGUCUCCCUGCUGCUGGAUCAGGUGAUAUGAUUGUUGCAACUGUGAAAAAGGGAAAGCCAGAGCUCCGAAAGAAAGUAAUGCCAGCAGUAGUCAUACGCCAACGCAAGCCCUUCCGCAGGAAGGACGGUGUCUUCAUCUAUUUCGAGGACAACGCUGGUGUCAUUGUCAACAACAAAGGAGAAAUGAAAGGCUCUGCUAUCACUGGACCUGUUGCUAAAGAGUGUGCCGAUCUGUGGCCAAGAAUUGCAUCCAAUGCCAGUAGUAUUGCGUAGUUAGCCACAACAACUGUAACACCCUAUUUUUCUCCAUAAUAAAAGUAAGGAAAAAAAAGUCGUUGUGUUAGUUUUGUCAACAGAUC